UUCAUCAUCAUACAAUCUGGUAAAAAAAAAAGAAAAUACCAACAGCGUAGAAAACAAGGGACAUCUAUGGACAAUGUUGAAACGUUUAUCGAUUCUCCAAUAAUAAUUACCAAAAUUGAUCAGUAGAUGACGUCGUAAGUUUGUCAUGCAAUAAUUACAAAAUGACAUUAUCGUCAUUAAAAGUAACCAAUUAAUUACUUUAUAUACAAAUUAAAAUGGAAAAAUUUAAAAAUCAUUGUCGGAAAUGAAUUUGUUUUUGAUUUUGAAUCAUCACCAAGAAAUGUGAGUGAGUACAAUUUGACUAUUUAUACAGCAUAUGUUGUCAUCGAAACAUAAUAAGAAAAAAUAACAUGUAAAGACCUUCAAUCUAAACAUUUCGUCGUGGCUAUAUAUCAAUAUUAAAAAUGAAAAACAUUCAUUUUGAAUGCUGCAAUCGUAGUGAAGAAUCCGGACGAAUACAGUAUGUUUGACAAUUAUUUUUCAACUAAUAAGGAUGAAAAUCAUCUACUCAAUUGGUUUCUUUUCUUUUUUGGCCAUCUGGGGAUCCAGCUGAAACCGAUUGAUUAUCGUAACCGAAAAUGUUUAAUCCAAGUAAUGGUGAAUAUCCUAAUUAAUGUCAUUGGAAUUCUAUAUUAUAAUCAAAAAGCUGUUUCAUUUUGGGAUUAUGAUGCCAUAAAAAAUUCUCAAAAAACAGCAAAAAGCCUGAAUAACUUCAUGUCUUUAUUUGGUAAUAAUUAUAUACAUGUAUUCUUGAUAAUCAAUCCAAUAGUAUUCUAUUGUAUUGGACCAUCUUUAAAUCGUUUGAUGGCAUUAUCACCAUUCAAAAAUAUCUAUCGUUCUCGAAAAAAAUCAAUACAUGUGUUAGCAAUUAUGCUAUCGACGAUAACUGUUAAUUUUGUAGGAUUCACAAUAUUUGAUGGAUCACAAAAUUUGAAGAAAAAUCAUACACUAAGAACAAUAAUUUUUGAAUUUUUCAUCAAUUAUUAUAUUAGUGUCUCUUAUUUUAUCCCUGGUUUGGCAUUGAAUUAUGUUAAAUUUGCUACAAUAGAAAUGUUGAAAGCAAUAUCAGCCACAAGAUCUGAACGAAAAAAUAUUGAAACAAUAAUCAAAGAAAUUGGUGAAAUGGCCACUUUGAAUCGAAAAAUAUCGUCUAUUCUAUCACCAAUGUUUUCCAUAUUUUUGAUUAGUACAAUGUUCGAUAUGAUUGUCUUAUUCAUGUGGUUCAGUAAUAUGGGAUGGGAUUUUAUUCGAAUAUUUUUUGCGUCAUUAACCACUUGGUUUUAUAUAGCAUAUCUUGUUCGUUUGGAUAACCAAAUCAUACAAAUAUUUGAAAAAAUUUCAACAAAUUUGCUUGAAAAUAAUCUUUUUGAAUGUUGUGGCCAUUGUUGUAAUAAUAAUCGAAUGGUAGAAUAUGGAUAUAUCAACAAGAAAAUAUAUUUCUGUAAACAAAAACAACGAAUAAUUGAAUGUUAUCGGCUAUAUGAAGAAGAUUUUCGAAUGAAUAUCUACGAUUUUUGCCCAGUAGAUUAUCAAUUAAUAUUAGAUUCAUUUCUAUUCAUGUUAAUAUUUGUUGUUAUAUCACUUCAAACCUGAUUAUUUUCACUGUUUUCAUUGUCCAU